AUCGGCCUUGAUUUCCAUAUCCCAGGAUUCAUGGGUAAUCUUUAAAAAGAGGCGCGUCAAGAUGGCGGAUGCGUCUGCCUUGGAAAAUUCCUCUGUGGAGGCUCUGAUGAGCCUUCGCAGUGCCGGUAGGAACCGACCCUCGCCCAUCAGCAACCCUGUGCCCACACCCCCUAGGAGGGGAAAUCCACCAAGAAUUCGGAAGCGCAACCGACUCAUCUUCAACGAUGACGAAGACACAUCCAUGUCCCCUAUCAGAUCCUCCCCCAAGAGAAACAGGACGACACCCACAAACUCGCCUGCCAAAUCUCAGCACUCCCGGGACCACCCCAAGUCUCACUCAGUUCCCUCCACGCCCCAGAAGAUUUCUUCCUCGGCUCUCCAGAACCUGAUCCUGAGCACGCCGGCCAAGAAGUCCGCCCAGAAGAUGGGCUGCAGGCUCAAGAACCUCCUCAAGUUGCCCAAGGCCUACAAGUGGUGCAUCUACGAGUGGUUCUACUCCAACAUAGACAAGGCGUUAUUCAGCGGUGAGAAUGACUUUCUCAUCUGCCUGAGGGAGUCCUUCCCCCAGCUCAAGUGUCGGAAGCUGACGAGGGUGGAGUGGUGCAUCAUUCGCAGGCUGAUGGGCAAGCCGAGAAGGUGUUCUCCGGCAUUCUUUGCGGAGGAGCGGGCGGCGUUGGACACCAAGCGGCGCCGCCUGAGACUGCUGCAGCAGAGGAAGUCCAGCGAGCUGGACACCAGCGACAUCAAAGAUCUUCCCCAAGAAAUACCUCUACCCCUGGUCAUCGGAACAAAAGUUACCGCUCGUUUAAGGUACCCCCACGACGGGCUUUUCACCGGGCAGAUUGAUGCCAUCAACACGCAGAAUGCCACGUACCGGGUGACCUUUGACCGGCACGGCCUGGGAACCCACACUAUUCCAGACACAGAAGUCUUAGGAACUGAGCCGCAAGACACCAUGCCACUAUCUGCCUUCCUGAAUAAGCAAAGACCCAGGCCCAGCCUGUUCUCACCACAGAGGAUUACGCUGGAUGGUCUCCAUUCUCCCAACUUGGACAACGACCCAAUGCUGGGUAUGUCACCUCUCCGGGGGAAACUUCAAGGGGACGAGAAGACAUUAGGGGGAUUCCCUGUCAAAUUCCUGGUUCUUGUGACCAGGUUAUCAAAGAUACUCGGCAUCAAGAAGGACCUCUUGCAAGAACUGAAAGACAUGAACACAAACGCCGAGAGGAUGCAAUCCUUGAACCAAAGUUCAGGGUUGGACUUCAAGGAGAAAUAUGCAAAGUGCGUGCUGCAGUUGGAGAAGCUGAACGACGCCCUCAACAGGCACCUAAACGAUGUCCAAAAAUAUUGCCAAGAGAUUGCACCGGAGCAGGGACUACCGCCCUUGUCGGAGCCCACGGCCGAUCGGUUACAGUGCGAUCAGGAGGCCAGUCAGAUGGUUCACGAUGCCAACCUGGCGCUGGGCGACCAGGCCGUCAAGAACCCCAAGCUGAACGAUUUGAUAGCCAGCUUGACAUCUUUAAUGCUGCAGAUCAAGUCGUUAGCGAAGAAUGACAUGAAUUCCUACGGCUUCAAGUCGCUGAACGAGUCAUUAGAAGAAAUCAAAAAGAAGAUUGAUCCUUCAAAUCUCAGAUGUUUCCAGGACAACGUGGAGGUUCACAUUGCACAUAUCCAGAGCGGCAUGAGCCAAAUGGGCAACCUGCACGCAUUUGCUGAAAAGAACGUUGACUUCUGAGUCCUGGUACUUCCAACUUUCAACACACACCUCUCAAUUCAGGCUUGACCCUUCACUCCCGGUGUGACUUCUACACUGUCCCGGGACCUUCAAGAAGUCACGUGACACCCACACUGUCCUCGGAAUUCAAAGUUGUCAUGCGACAUACAAAGUUGUAUUAUCAAAAGCAAAGCAAGCACCUUUGCGUGCCUUUGAGAUGCCCUUUGACCUUUGACCCAUAAGAAUGGCUCCCUCCAUACUCCCAUGGGACACCACGCUGUUUCAGAAAAUGGUGUUGUUACUUACAGCUUUUGUUCACUGUAGCACACGAAUGGCAAAGAUUGAUUCGGUUGAAGCCUCAUUCUCGCACAAAAAUGUAAAGAUGUAUUUGGAAGCAAGCUAUGGUUUUCUUCGAAAUCCCUUGGUAAUCACCAAUUUUGUUGUAAACCUACCUUACUUGUCUGGUAAGACUGAAUUCUCUCAGUUUUGUAACUAGCCAUUGUUUUCGUCCUCUUGUAAGUUUGUCCGAUACGCUCUGCAAUCAGUGAUGCGAAUUUUCACUCUGUUUUACGUCUGAUGAAUCACUGAAUCUCUCCCCAGUCACUCCCCACUUCAGUCAGCCUCUCUGCCAAUAUGAAAUCCGUCAGCUAAAAGAACUGAUUUGAUCAUUGCACCGAAAUUGUUAAUCCCUGACUGACACUGUCAAUCUCUACCUCAGAGUCAUCUAUUUGGCUGAAAAUGACAGAAACACAGUGGGUUUGUUUUUGACCCGUUGAAGUGUUACACAAACGAGUCGUUACGAUUCUUUCCUUGUUUGUCACCCCCCCUGCAAGGAAAAAAAGGGGUAAGUUGUCCUUUGCAUUGUGCCCGUUGUCUAAGAUUCGGAGGUGGCCUUUUGCCCACCUCUUCCUGCUAUGGAGUACCAAAGGGAAUGUGUCACGCGAACAAUUUUGUGUGCACAAGGCAUUAAUUGAGGAACCGGCGUGUAAACCAACAUAUGCGUGCAUACUCCAUUCGUUCCCACUACACUCCCUGGUUCAAAACGACCUCGCAUUUUGGUAUUGUAUAGUAAUCAGACAGCUCCACAGAAUUGGCUCUUUGGUCCUUAGACCCGAGUUCCCGUCCUAGGUCUCAUGAGACCCUGAAUAACCCAAGGGCAAGACUGCGCACACUUUGUCCCGUACAUAAUGGAGACUUCACCCUCAACAAUUGUUGAGGAUUUUAGCAUUUUUCAUUGUACUGUUGGACAUUUGGAGGAAGAACUCCCACAAGAAUUUCUUACAUUACUUAGUCUUUGUGAUGGCUGUGUAGUUUAAAAAAACUUGGGUGUUGUGUAUACGACAGAAUGGGGGACCUUUUUCAAGGAUUCGCAUGUACCCCUAAUGUGACUACAUCUCGUGUUAAAUGCUUGACCCUGACUUCCGUUUAUUCCUGUGUUAGGAAUACACACCACGUAGUAAGGUUUGGAAGAUUUUGAGCCAGUGGACUCUUCUGCCCUCCCCCCCCAUGUAUCUGUAGCCAUGGAUGCUGGAGGAUAUCAUUUCUUAUAUUUUUUUCCUCACUUCAUCAGAUAUUUUUCCAAAUCACUGCCUGAGUCUUAGGAAAAAAUUGUUUUGAUAUUGUUUUCCAAAGCAUAAAAGAAACUAUGUACCAUAGCUCUGAGUUGUUAAUUUGUAAAAUAUGUGGAUAACAGACGUGUAUUUUGUGAUGUGCAAAAAUUUUUGUAUAGCUCUGGAAUUUAGUUGCAAGCUUGCAUUCUGUUUUGUGAGCUUAUUCUGUUGGAAUCUGCUUUGCCAAAAAGUUUGAUUUUUGGUGCAAGCAAUUAAAUGUUGUUCAGAUUGUGAUUAGAUUGUUGGGCCCGUUAUCAACCCUGCAGUGUGCUUGUUGCUGGAGGUCUCGUUUUGUAAUGAGUGUAUCCAGGUUCUGGAGUUCAAGGUCAGUGACUGGACAUUAAAAUGGUUGUUAGACACCUUCAACAUACUUAAAAGUCUGGACUCUUAGGGUGCGUUGGAGCGAGCUACUCAUGUUAACACAAGUAUACUCCUGAGCGCUUGAACAGCUGGAGGGUCAGCAAGAGUAUACUCUCGCUAGAGGGGGAGUGUACUCUUGUACCCGAGUGUAAUGCGCACUCAUCCCACUCGUGUUAACAGGAGUAACCGCGCGAACGCACCCUUAAUGCUCCUUGUCAACACAAUGAAGCCACUGGUCAGUGGAGCCACUGGUAGCUAUCUUACUGGGCAGGACACAAAGCUCUUACAAAGGCUUCCCCACCAUUGCGAACCAGAUUCAGUUAUGGAAUCAAUAGACACUAUGACACGCGAGCCAACCAGCAGCUUUAUAUUGGGCAUGGUAAGAUGGGUGCUGGUGGCUUCAGUCAGUACAAAGGCAUUGAGAGUCCAGACUUCUUGACAUGAUUUCCAAGUUGGACACAUACAGACAUGGUUGUCACCAGACUAGACCAUCCUUGACAAUAUCCAUGUAUUUUCCAAGCCCAGAUUAUGUCUCCAGGUUUUUCUGUUCCCUUACAACUACCUGUAGGCCUUUUCAAAUAUCGUAAAAAGACUUCCCAUCUUGAGCACUGUCAUCCGGUAACUAAGAACUCUACCUUUACUGAGCCAAAAAGUUCACAUCAAGGAUCUCAAAAUCAGUCAAAGCUGAAGGAGAUAAGCCACUCUCUGAAAACUUGGCCAAAUGCUUUCUACUCGAGCUGAUUUGUACAGUGGGUGUGUUUGAGUAGCUUCCACAGGCUGAUUCAGUUCAACCUUGACCAAACCGUCUUGCUUGUCUGACACACAGCACACACGGCCUUCCCAGGUCUGGGUUGUCCUGUGGAAGCUACUCUUAUGCAGUGUGUCUGAUAACCUGGCAACCUGCGAGAUUGUGACAUCAUGGCAGAUACCUUGCAAAUUUGCCUACGUGGUACACAUUUCAAUUCUGGCAAAUCUCAUGUCGGCGUGCUUCAUGAUGUCAAAUCCACAUUUUCGUAGAGUGCGAGUUUUCUUUUGCAUUUCAGCUCUAACAAAUUCCACUUUAACAGCCCUGAUGGUAGUGCCUAGCUGCUACCAUUCAUUUCAACCAUCACGGCAGACCCUGGGAUUUAGUGGUGACCCAUUGGAGACAAAGAAAAGUUUUUCCCCAUAUAUGUUUAGAUAUAAGGAUUAGCACAAAAACUUGUGGUUUAUUCAUUGCACGUACCAGUAAUGUUUGAUUAUGUGGAAGAGUUGGUGUGUCGGUCACCUAGAGUCGUUUCCUUUUGUUGAAAGAAUUAGCAUUGCUUACAUCUUUAUCUCUUACUAAAAGUGCUUUAUGAAAUUUUUGCUUUAAUCAUAGUUUUAAAAAAAAUUUGCCCAUAUACUCCAGUUUUAAAUUAACAUUUGGCAAAGUACAGCAUAGUAAUAGACUUGUAACAUAACCAAAGUCAUGUUUUGGUGACAUCCGCGCUUUCCUAUGGUAGUGAGGUAUGACAUGAUCCAUACAGCCUUCAUAGGGAAGCACACGUAAACAAAGUGUGAGGUUAUGUUAUAGGUCUGUUGUGAGUAGUUGUUUACAGUGAAUAGCCCACCCAAAUCAACAACUUUCGUUGUUUCAAAAGAAACAUACAUGUAUCUUUGAUGCAUUUUAACCCCCCCCCAAAAAAAUUUCCAG